AUGGCCCCUGCACUAAGGAUGACACGCUCAAUCAAAGAGAAGCUACCAUUUUUUUGCAGGUUCGAAUCUUACUCGACUCAUUCAUGUAAUUAUUACUGCUUCUUUUUGUUUCACCGCUUCCUUCCGCUAGCUCUGGUACUUGCACGUACGCCAAGAUCGAUAUCAGACAAGACCUCUUUGCAAUCGGAAUGCGGUAUGUAG